GGUUGUUCUAUAGUGGUGAACGUGUGGUGUGUGCUUUACAGCUGGAUUAACAAUAACCUCCUUUCGGAAGUCGGUUAACAUGGAUUGACGAGUGAUUGAUUUCCUCUUCAACGACGACACAUUCGAAGACUUUCCGACGCAGUGAAAUCGUGGUGAUGAGAGUGGAACACAAAAUAUGGAUAACUGUAGGCAGAAUUGCCAAAAAUGGAGGAUCCCAGAGAGAAUUAUAGUCGUCCUACUCCUCAUGGCGACGGUGAAAUGCGACGUCAACAAAGACGAGUCAAACUUUAGAGAAACCAAAAAUGUAGAUAAUAUUAGAUGCCAUAACUGUGAAUAUAAUAUUGUAGAUAAUGUUAUAAAUUCUAUAAACGCGCUCUCAGAUAGUAAUACUACAGAGAAACUGCAGAGGGUAUUCGAAAAAACGCUAGACGAGGUCCUGAGUAAGGAUAAGUACGUGAUCUUUGAUGGAGUCGAAAUUAAGAGUGUAAAUACGAGUCUGACGAAGGAUAAAGGAAGAGCGUUGUUUAGUUCGUACACGUAUGAAUACAGACUGCUUCAGAAAAUCAAGAAUUUUAUGAAUACUCACGUCUUGUCUAUCAAUUUGCCGAAAGCGACGGAGCUCUUCAAAUUCCGAUCGUUUGGCCUCAAGAAGUUCUUCUGGCCUCUGCUGAUCGGGUUCCAAGUGUUCAAGAGUAUACUCCUGGCGAUGUUCCUGCCCAGCAUACUGGGGAGCUUCGGCAAGAUCUUGGGAAAGGGUCUAUCCCAGCUCUCCGCAGCGUCCAGCCAGGCCAGCUAUCCUCCAGCCAACGGUGAAGACCCCACAUCCUACGACAAUAACAAAGACUUCAUGGGAUACGAGACGAACCAGGCCGAGUCAUACCUCUACCAGGAUGGGAAUAAUUAUGAAGGCGAUGGGAAUGAUUUAUCCAGCUUGGAUAUUACCAGAUUCGGUGCCAGCGGCCAAAAAGUGUCGUACUUGCCGACAAAGAACAACUACUACAAGAACCAAAUGGCACAAGCCGGAAAUAAUUACAAGAUCUUCCAGAAGAUUCCAGCGUCGUCGAUGAUACUGAGCAACUACGAUCCGUUCUACUCCCCUCUUCUAUCACGACUGGAUGGGAUCUUCGCGAGACUCGGUCUCGCUCCAGUGGACCCCGCCACUGAUGAUGGUCAGCAGAUCGGCGGUCAGAGCCUGAGUACGGUCAAGCUAGAAGCCUGCAGGGAACAGCUGAUAUGCCUCAUGUACUCCAGCCCAGCGAAAUAUGCACCCUACAGUAACCUCAUAUCGGCGCAGUUGAGCAGGGAACUCAACGAGCUCCGAAGGCCAGUGUCGGACAAUCCGGAAAUUCUCCGGUUCUUCCGGUACAUGCGAGCUGCGAGGCAGGGGCAGGAAGGUAUAGACUGCCUGGCUGCCCAUGCUGCUUGCUCGGGUACCACAUCACCAUCACACACCAUGAUAGCCGCUUACCAGGACAUUAACAAGCUGGUUACAGCGAGGAAGUUAUGAGAAAUAAGGAAGGGAAGUUGGAUAAUACUGAGGAAACCGACAUUAUUCGACGGUGCAUCAA